UCUAGUGUAAGUACCAGUAACUAUCCGUAUCUGAUGUCCGCCAUGAUCGGUGAGUGGAGGUGAUUGGCUUUUGACUGAUGCAAAUGAAUCCGUAAGAAAAAUCUCACAAUAUUCUCUACCAAAUUCCGCCCAUAGACAGAUAAAUAAGAUCGUCGAAGAAUUAUAACAACGUUUAAGCAGGUGACUUUAUUAUAAUUUGCCAAAAUAAUAUCAUUAAGCCUAUCUGUCAACUUUUACAGGUCAAAUAUAUGAGAUUGAGGUUACUGUUUAUUUAUAUUUAAUUGGAAGUAUGUUCAUUUUUACUAGUAGCAACAAAAGACAACGCAAUCAUAGUCUAAGGAAUUCCACGUUUGCCUUAUUUAUAUGAAAUGAACAACAAUGAAGACGGAUAAUAUCUACAAAUUUCAGGAGUUCCUUCCUGCCAUACGAUUAUCAUUAAGCUUAUGUGUUUCCCAGAAGCCAAAUUCCAUAGAUCUAUCAAAUAUGGUGCUUUGGAAUUCAUAAUUAUUGCCUUGAGAUAAUAAUAAAUUAAAAUAAUGUCAGACUUAACGCUGGAAGAGCGUAUGAAACGUCUGGAACAAUUACUUUUGGGUGGUCCUUUGAUGUUGAAUGGAAAAAGUUUUAGUAUCGAAACAUUAUUGGAUGCAUUGGUUGUUCUGUAUGAUGAAUGUGUCAACUCUUCACUGCGGAAAGAAAAGACCAUCUCGAAUUUUAUCGACUAUGCUAAACCAGUUGUCCAGAACAUAAAGAACCUACGUUUAACAAAAGAUGACUUUGAGAUUUUAAAAGUUAUUGGACGAGGUGCAUUUGGAGAGGUAGCAGUUGUCAAACAGAAAACUAAUGGGAAAAUCUAUGCCAUGAAGAUACUUAAUAAAUGGGAAAUGCUAAAAAGAGCAGAAACUGCUUGUUUCCAAGAAGAAAGAGAAGUUUUGGUUCAUGGAGACAAAAGGUGGAUAACUAAUCUUCAUUAUUCUUUCCAGGAUGAUAGCAAUUUGUUUGAUUUCUGA